AUGGACGACUCCGGCGCAAGCGGAAGCUUCGAGGACCAUGAGGAGUUGAUGGGGACGUGCACAGGUGAGCUGGAAGAAGCUUACUUCGAAGAUGAAGAGACGACAGAGGAAGCCACCGAAGUCAGCGGAAACGCCCACACCGACGUGGAGCUCAACGAUGCCACCAUCCAGAAGUACCAGAGAGUGCACGAGGAUGAGUUCGAGGAGCUGAAGUUGCCAGACGCUGUGGCGGAAGAGAUACGCCAGUCUUGGCAGGACUUCCUCGCCAAGUUCACCACCGCCGAGUCCGCGGGCCUGGCCAUCUACGAUGCCAUCUUCGAGGAUGCUCCGGGCAUGCGGUCGAUGUUCAAAUCUCCGAGAACCAUCUUCGCGCUGACCUUCACCAACACUCUGAGCAACAUGUUUUCCAUGAGCAACAAUCCAUCUGCUCUGAAAUCGUCGGUGGAGACCCUCGGCUUUCAGCAUCUGGAUCGCGAAGUGACUCCGGCGAGGCUGGGAAUCUUCGCAGGUGCCAUUUUAAACAGCAUGGACGCUGAGCUGGGCCGGGAGUUCACUCCGGAGGCUCGCGCAGGGAUCGUCGCGAUGCUCAACUACAUCGGUGGCGCAAUUGUGUACUGCCGCAACGAGCUGGGCACGCGCAUCAAGAUCAUCCAGCGCAGCUGGAAGAUUGCCAACCACAACCAUGUCGAGGUGCCCUCAGAAACACCGGACGACGUGGAGUUAGAGCAAGACGAGUCAGUCUCAUCGCCAUCGGACUCGGACAAGCAAAGGCAAACUUCUGAGCAAACCGACGCCACAGCGGCCUCCUCCGGCGAGAAGGGUCAGAAAACCAAGGGCAAGCCGGAUGACGAUGAGGCGGGUGUCGUCGGUCUCGGUGAAGUCAAGGUACCAGCCACUUUCAAUGAGAUGUUUCUCUUCAAUGCGGCGGUGAUGGGUUUCGCCGACAGCAAGUGGAUGCACAUCGUCCUCGAACGCUUCGAUGGCAUGGCGACGAAUGUGGCCAACACCACUCGUCUCCAGGAGGAGUGCGAUGUGCUUUCCCUGAUCCUCGCCAGAUACAACAAGGGUCAGAUCGUCCUUCCGCAGUUCAAGGCAGUGAUGUUGGCUUCCUUGAGGUCCAUGGUUCCCAAAGAUUGGGAUAUGGAUCACGAGGUGGCGUGGAAUUGGUUCUGGGAGAACAUGGAGAAGAUGCUCAAGAAGAUGAUGGGCGUGCCUCAAGCCUACAACAAAGUGCUCAAGAAGUUGCUGGGCAGCCUAGACGAGGCCAGCAUCCAGCAGACCCGGCAAGCCGUCUUCGAGCGCUUCUUCGAGCUCGCACCGAGCGCCGAGAACUUCAUGAAGCAAUCCUCUACCAGGAUGUACUACAUCGCAGACAAGAUCAUGGAGAUGACCCUUGACAUCUACGAGAACACGCAGCAGCUUGUGGACGACAUCUCAAGCCUUGGCCUGCGCCACGUGGGGUAUGGCGUGCCCACCGAGUACUUUCCGCCCAUGGUCCAAGCCUACUGCGAGGCGAUCGACGAUCUUUGUAACGGUGAAUCGACUGCCUUCCGCUGGUCGCUGACGCUGAUCACCAAGAUUCUGACCCGCGUCAUCCUCGAAGGGUCGACGGUCGUGAUGAAGGCGAUCAACACCAAUCAGGAGUCAGCGGUUCGGCAAGCCGUGGCAGUGGCUGCACGCGGAAAGAGGGCCAUGAGGGUGCUGAGCGUAUCCGUGGGUACCCAGACGAUCUCGCCUUUGUACUGGGCCAUCGACAGUGGCAGGCUCAGCUGCGCAAAGGCCAUCAUAGAGGACUUGCUGACCAUCCGGGCCGACCGUGAUGUGUACUACUACGGCUGUGAAGCCUUGUUCACCCGCCAUCCUGAGAUUGUGCAGAAGAUGUGCAUGAGUGCUCCAAGUCUGCUGAUCGCUCUCUUGGAUGGUCUGGUUUGGCGCUCCAGGUUGACAAAAGAUGGCAGCCGCCGCGUCAACCUCUACAUCAAGCACCUGGUGCAGGACAGCACAGGCGUGUUCAGCCCUACACUCCAAUGGCUUGUGCAGUACAAAGACCCGAAGAUCAUGAGCCAUCUCGUCGUCGCCUUGACGACGGACCUGAUCUGGAGUCGGUUCGCCGCAUUCCAGUUCCUCCGGAACAAGUUCUGGUUCCUCAUAACGCUUGCCGUCUUCUUCGUGAGCCAGUCCAUUCUGAAAGAGCAGACCGGUGUCGAAGAAUCCUUCGAGACAAACUGUUCACGCUUUGUGCUGCGCAUGUGGUUGUACCUGGCAAGCUUGUGUGGCCUGUACAGUUUGGUCAGGGACAUCGCCUCGGAAAUCUAUCGCGGCAAGGUGAUCAGGACUUCCACCAUUUCCAUCCCGAAAUCCUUCACGGAUUUCAAGCAGCUCGGUCGACUCGCCCUGACCUGGGUCUUGAUCUUGAUGCUCUUCUUCGAGCCCAUCCUACGGUGUGCUUCCAAGUGGACGGACAGUCACACCCACAGCCAGCUCUUCACUACACAUUGUGGAGUGGAAGAGGAGAUCCGGAUGUACUCGAUCUUCUCCGCCAUCGGCAUGGUGCUGUUCUGGCUGCUUUUGACCGACUGCACCGUCUUCUCCAUGCGGCUGUCGGCGUUCUUGCUGGUUUGCGGCUGGGUCGUUGUGGAGGUGGGCCUGUUCCUCCUUGCGCUGACGUUCCUCAUCCUGACCUUCUCCACGGCAUUGAGUUCCUUGCAGCACAACUUAGUGGAGUUUGACGGCGCCAUGACGUGGGUCAGCGCGCUGACGCAGAUGGCCUUCGGGAUGUUCCCAGCCUCGGAUUUCGACGCCACCAAGAAAGACCUGCCCAUCUUCAUUUGCCUGACCCUCUUCAUGGCGCUGGCCACCGUCUUCCUCAUGAACCUCCUGAUCGCCCAGCUUGCGGAAUCCUAUAGCAGCAUGUUCGCCGACAUGACGGGCUUCGCUCGACUCAAUCGAGCUGGUGUGGUCGUGUCCGUGCUGGCAGAAGCUCGCCCGGCUCGGUUCGCAAAGUUCCUGCGCACGCUGAAUUUAGAGGACCGCCUGGAGUUCAACGAAGGCGACCUCGGCCCAGCCGGCGGCAUUCAGAUCCACGAGCCGGCGAAUGAGCACACGGUGACGGAGGACUCCAUCCUCCGAUACGGCGGCCCCACGGCGCCAUCAGUUCCGUGGCCGGAGGACGACCGGAAGGUGGAAGCUUGGCAGAGGCAUCAAUGUCAAGAACGGGUCGCAGAUGCCCAGCGUGAUGAGCUCAAAGCCUGCAUCGACAUUCUCGGACUAGAGUCUGACUAUGGGCGACAAGGUUCCCAAUGCGAGCCUCCGGUUGCGAAGGGCGUCAGCUACGGCACAGCUGGCACACUUGCGCGCCUCGCGAAGCAGAAGGGAGCUCCAGGCAUUUUAGCGAGCCCGCCCAAUUCCGUUUCCAGCUUCCCACAUCGGGGAGACCGACCAGACAAGAAGACCGGAGAAGCCCUGAGGCAUGCAGACUUUGUGUUGGCGAGUGGUGAAGCCAUGCCCCCGGGUGUCAGCCCAACCUACCCAACGGACCCAACGGUAGCUGGAGCUCUCAUGUACUCACCUGUCUGCACCGGGCGAACGUCCUCUGAUGUUGACAGGUUGCUGCAGCUGCGCGUGCUGCGCCGGCUGCAGCGGCAGCGUGUGCAACUGCAGCGUUUGCAGCGGCAGCUGGUUCUGCUCCGCGGCAGGUUGACACAUCUACCCAAGGGAGAGAGCGAGGAAGCUGCGCUGGCGGGCCCUGCACCUGGUUCGGCGACGGGGGAUCUCGAAGAAGAUGCAGCCUCGCAGGAUCUCUGUGAAGAUAGCCAGUGCACCAGCAACGAGCUCAACGACACCACCAUCCAGAAGUACCAGAGAGUGCACGAGGAUGAGCUCGAGGAGCUGAAGUUGCCGGAGGCUGUGGCAGAAGAGAUACGCCAGUCUUGGCAGGACUUCCUUGCCAAGUUCACGACGGCCGAACUCGCAGGCCUGGCCAUCUACGAUGCCAUCUUCGAGGAUGCGCCGGGCAUGCGGUCGAUGUUCAAGACUCCGAGAACCAUCUUUGCGCUGACCUUCACCAACACCCUGAGCAACAUGUUUUCCAUGAGCAACAACCCGUCUGCUCUGAAAUCUUCGGUGGAGACUCUCGGAUUUCAGCACCUGGAUCGCGAAGUAACUCCGGCAAGGCUGGCAAUCUUCGCAGGUGCCAUCUUGAACAACAUGGAUGCUGAGCUGGGCCGGGAAUUCACUCCAGAGGUUCGCGCAGGGAUGGUCGCGAUGCUCAACUACAUCGGUGGUGCCAUUGUGUACUGCCGCAACGAGCUGGGCACGCGGAUCAAAAUCAUCCAGCGCAGCUGGAAGAUUGCCAACCACCACCAUGUCGAGGUGCCCUCAGAAACACCGGACGACGUGGAGCCAGAGCAAGACGAGUCAAUCUCAUCGCCAUCGGACAAGCAAAGGCAAAUUUCGGCGGAAACGGAGGAUACAGCGGCCUCCUCCGGCGAGAAGGGCCAGAAAUCCAAGGGCAGGGUGGAUGAGGAUGACACGGCUUUCGUCGGUCUCGGUGAAGUCAAGGUGCCAGCCACUUUCAAUGAGAUGUUCCUCUUCAACGUGGCGGUGAUGGGUUUCGCCGACAGCAAGUGGAUGCACAUCGUCCUCGAACGCUUCGAUGGCAUGGCGACGAAUGUGGCCAAUACCACUCGUCUCCAGGAGGAGUGCGAUGUGCUUUCUCUGCUCCUCGCCAGAUACAACAAGGGUCAGAUCCUCCUUCCGCAGUUCAAGGCAGUGAUGUUGGCUUCCUUGAGGUCCAUGGUUCCCAAAGAUUGGGAUAUGGAUCAUGAGGUGGCGUGGAAGUGGUUUUGGGAGAACAUGGAGAAGAUGCUCAAGAAGAUGAUGGGCGUGCCUCAAGCCUACAACAAAGUGCUCAAGAAGUUGCUGGGCAGCCUGGACGAGGCCGGCGAAAGGAGAUGCAUUGAGAAGACAAACCAGGCAGCAAACUUGAUUAGGACGUUCGGAGAUCGAGUGCAAACCGAGAUGUAG